CAAAACUGUUACUUGCUCGAAACACGUUAUUCAGGCUGGCUUAGCACAGGGGCAGUGUGCUGUGAACUAGUUUCUGUUUUAUUAUUACAGUGCAGUAAAUGCCAUAGUUGAAUUUUGGUCUAUUGCUAGUAAUGUUUUGUGGGGUUUGGAUAUGUUUUGUAAACUGUUUGGGUUUGAACAAAUCAGUCAAACGUCUGCAAAGUUUCCUGUAAACGUUAAUGGAAAUGAUUUCAUAGAUGUCCAUCUGGAUCGUAUAACUGGUAAGAAAAAACUGUGUAUGUGAACAAGCCACUUAAUAAAAUGCAGAAACUGGUUGAUUGCUCUUGUGAACGAAUGCGUGUAGAAGUGAAGACGUACGUGGUUGAUCUGAAAGAUGGGUGGUUGGAGGUCCGAAUCAUUUACAGGCACUCCCUUAGACCUUUCUUGUGUAUGGACUAGUGUGUAAUAAAAGCACCAGAAAAAUCAGCUGGCUUCAAGAUCUAGUUCUGCACGUGGGUGGUAUUACAAUACGUCCAUUAAAAGGACACAGUCCCCUGGAAAAGCCUGCAGGUUGUGCUCUCUGUAGUUAAAUUCCUUAGUAGGAAGAAGUUAGUAGGGGGUAAAUGCAGUUUGGAUUGCCCACAGGACACGGUGGUCACAUUUCUACUGAAAAGAACCUUGUGUCUUGCUGAGGGAUCAGAAAGAUUCCUUUCAGUGCUUUUGUGUCUGAUGCUGAGUUUCAGCAAGCAAAAACUACAGCCCUGCCACUAACACUGUGUGUUCUUUUUAGUGCUGCAGAAUGUAAAUACUAUAACUUGCAGAAAUCUUUCUCAGUUAAAUGCACAGUAGCUAUCUUCUCCUUCAAAUGGGCUGGAGCUUCAAAACCCGUUGAAAACUACUGCUAGGUCAUUUCUUUUACUGAUCACUUCAGUCCACCUGGAAGAAAAGUGGAUCGGUUACACAAGUCUAUGUCAAGCCUAAGGUUUUGAGUGCCCAAGAAUGCUCUUUUCAAGUAGGCUAGCGGGCACAUAAGCAUCCUGUAGAAGCACAAAGUCUCCCCAGCGCACGCUCAGGACAACUGUGUCUUAUAGAAGCAUCUGUUUUCAGGCAACAUCAGCUAGCAUUGUGGUGCCCUUUACAGGACUGAGCAAGUGGUGUUGUCUUUGGCUGGGUGAGCUUGCAUGUGUUUCUAAUGUGUGUGUCAAAUAAUUCCGUGUUAAACAGACUGCCAACCUGGCUGAAGCCAAUGCUUCUGAAGAAGAUAAAAUAAAAGCCAUGAUGAUACAGUCUGCCCGUCAAUAUGAUCCAGUCAAUUACAGGAAGAAGCCCUUGGGUACACCUCCACCAUCGUACGUUUGCUUUCACUGCGGAAAACCUGGCCACUAUAGAAAGGACUGCCCAAGAAACGGGGACAAAAAUGUCCAGUCUGUUCCCAGACUGAAAAGGAGCACAGGAAUUCCAAGUAGUUUCAUGAUAGAGGUGAAAGAUCCCAACACGAAGGGUGCGAUGCUGACAAACACCGGCAAAUAUGCAAUACCGGUUAUUAAUGCGGAAGCUUAUGCUAGAGGAAAGAGGGAAAGGCCUCCAUUUUUACCAGAGGAGCCAUCCUCCUCCUCUUCUGAUGGUCCUAUUCCGGAUGAGCUGUUAUGUCUCAUUUGUAAAGAUAUAAUGACUGAUGCAGCUAUUCUUCCCUGCUGUAGAAGCAGUUAUUGUGACGAAUGUAUUAGAACAGCAUUGCUGGAGUCUGAGGAAUUUACAUGCCCAGCGUGUCAUCAGACAGAUGUUUCUCCUGAUGCUUUAGUUGCCAACCAGAGCCUACGCCAGGCUGUGAACAACUUCAGAAAUGGAGCUGGCUACACAAAAAGGCUCCGUAAGCAGAUUCAGCAGCAGCAGCAGCCGCCGCCACCACCUGCAGCACCACUCACGACUGUUAUCCCUCCUGCUGCUUUGGUGACUGCCGCUGAACUGCCUCCAUCUUCCUCUCUGUCAAUCCGCAGCUUGUUGGAAGAGAAGGGCUCUCAAGUUCCUGUACGAAGACAGCUAGCGCUACCAAGUCUUCUGGGCUCCCAAGGGCAAUCGGUACCCACAGCUGGUCAUCCGAGGGCAGACAGUACCAUCCACUCACCAGGUGCCAGAACAAGCUGUGAACUGAGUUCGCAUACCUACUCCAAGCCAAGAUCAGGUCCUUCCUGCACUGGCUGCUACUCUGGCUCACGCAGUUGUUCCCAUUCACAUUCCAACUUGCCAUCACCGCAGUAUCCAAGAAGAAGCAGGAGGAAGAGUCGUGACUAUUCCAGGAGAAGGUCACAUGGUCGUCACUGCUCAAGGUCAAGGUCCCCCCAUCAAAGAAGACACCACUGA